GAUCCAUCUGUGUGUGUGAGUCGUUUUGAGUUGAGUUUAGCAGCAGUAGCGGCAAGCGCGAGCGCCAGCCGUUAUUUUAUUUUUUAAAAUAUUUAAACGUUUACGCCUUAAAAGCGUCAACGGUUGUAACGGCCGCCGGUAUCUUAACCGUCGACUCGGGGUCGUUUUUUCGACCGUGUUCCGGCAUUUUCCUCAAAUUUCGACAAAUAUUCUCAAACAGAGACCCGGAGAGAGCGGUGUGAGCGUGUGUGAGAGCUGUGACAGACCAGGGACGGUCGGACGGUCGGACGGACAGACGGAAGGACGGAUGGGAUUCCCGGUUUGCUAGCGUUAGCUUCAGCUUGAUGGAGGAGGAACCGAGCCGAGCGGUGCUGUGAAUUAUUAACAAUCUCUCCGUCGCGGCGCUUCAGAGAGAAAAAACAGCCCCGACAGAGAAAAAGAUGCAUCUCCACCAGGUGCUGACCGGAGCCGUGAACCCGGGGGACUGCUGCUACUCGGUGGGGAGUGUCAACGACGUCCCCUUCACGGCAUACGGUUCAGGGUGUGAUAUAGUGAUCUUAGCCAGUGAUUUUGAGUGUGUGCAGAUCAUCCCUGGAGCUCAGCAUGGAAACAUCCAGGUGGGCUGUGUGGAGUGCUCACACCAACUCGGCCGGAUUGCGGCGUCCUAUGGAAACAUUGUCUGCAUUUUUGAACCAGUAUCUACCAACCUGAACAAGAGGCACAAGCAACUGAACUACCAAUGGCAGAAGACGGGGCAGUUUCUGCUCAGUACAAUGGCCUACAGCCUUGCCUGGGACCCACAAGGUAACCGUAUACUGGCAGCAACGGAGCGGCUGAAGCUUUGGGCUCCACCCACAGGUGACACACUACUGGAGGAAGAGGAUGGUCAGCUCACCGAUGACAAACCACACCCUGUCCUCAAUGACUGGAAAUGUGUGUGGCAGUGCAAGACUGCUGCAACUGUACAUAUACUCAAAUGGUCUCCUGAUGGGGAAUACUUCGCCACUGUGGGGAAGGACGACUGUCUGUUGAAGGUGUGGUACCCCACCACAGGCUGGAAGUCAGCGAUGGUGAUCCCGGAGGUGCCAGACAGGAAGGCUCCUCUGGUGCAUUUCUCCUUCGUCUAUCUGGCUCACCCUCGGACUGUUACAGGCUUCUCCUGGAGGAAGACCAGCAAAUAUAUGCCCAAGGGGUCAGUGUGUAAUGUGCUUCUGACCUCGUGUGUGGACGGUAUCUGUCGGCUGUGGAGUGAAACGCUGCUGCCGGAGGACAGCCUGCUGGGGGGUCAAAUCACGGAGAACAGCACCAGCUACAGUUCCUCGCUGCCCCACAGCGGUCAGAAGGACAAGAUCCAGCAUGCUCUGGAGUCGAUCCACCACCUGAAGCAGCUGAGACGGGGUCGAAGGAGAUCCUCUGCACUUGUGGCUCACACAGAGCUGCUGCCCAGCCAGCUUGGCUCACAUGAAACACACCGGCACAUCACACACCACGCUAACGCGCUGUGCCACUUCCACAUCUCCGCCAGCAUCAACCCCAAUACAGAUAUCCCGGCAGCGCUGGCUGGUUCAGGACUGUUUUCUCCAGCUGAUGGCAAUGGGGGGUUUGUGGUGCACUGGCUGAAUAAUAAAGACUUGAGCUUCACCUCUUCUAUGGACCAGUUCAUGCAGCAGCUGAGGAAGUUCUCAGAGCAGCACCUGGAGCACACCACUGAUGAGCUCAGACAGGACGGCACCGCCAAGUUUGACUUCGAUCUGGAUGAAAUGUCUGAUAAGGCGUCGGAGCACGAUGAAGGCGAGCAGGAGGGCAGCACGAAGGCCUCGUCGCCCGGCUCCAGCAGCAGCAUGCCUCUGCCCUCCGUCCUCCUCGACCGCAAGAUGGAGGCGCUAACCUUGGAGUGGAACAAAAGCCCUGACAUGCUUUUCACCAUCCACCCGGUCGAUGGCUCUUUCCUCGUCUGGCAUGUCAAAUACCUGGACGAGUUCAUCCCCGGAAUCUUCCGCCAGGUCCAGGUGGCAUUCUCCUCACGAAUCCCUGUAGCGUUCCCCACAGGCGAUGCUAAUUCUCUGAGUAAGAACAUCAUGAUGUAUGCCUGCACCUUCGCUGAGCGGGACAGCGGGGGCUCUCUAGAUCUGGACAGAAAGGAGCGUCAGAUUCCUCAGAGCGCAUCAGCCUCCGCUGGCCUCAGCUCUCUCGACCACUCCCUCGCUGCUGUGAUCGGUCCUGCCGUCAUGAUGGUGUCCAAGCACGUAGAUGGCUCUCUCAACCAAUGGGCCGUCACUUUUGCCGAAAAGUCAGCUUUCUCCAAUGUUCUUACAGUUUCUCACAAGUUCCGUUACUGUGGACACCGUUUCCAUCUCAACGACCUGGCCUGCCACACGGUCCUGCCGCUUCUGCUGACAUCAUCACACCACAACGCCCUGCUGACUCCGCCCUCUGGCCCAGGUGGUGUUGACGGAGACCAAGAGGCUGGGCCCAUGCGACCCGUCCGCCCAAUGAGAGGCUUCCCACAGAAGCAGAUGCGGAACGCGGCGACACGUACGUUCCACGACCCCAACGCGAUCUACAGUGAGCUGAUCCUGUGGCGUGUCGAUCAUAUCGGGCCGCUGUCCUGCACUGGAGGCGUGUCCGAACUUGCACGCAUCAACUCCCUCCACACAUCGGCUUUCUCCAACGUGGCCUGGCUGCCCACACUCGUCCCCAGCUCUGUGCUCGGGACGUAUUGCAACUCUGCGAGUGCCUGUUUUGUGGCAUCGGAUGGGAAGAACCUGCGCUUGUACCAGGCGGUGGUGGACGCCAGGAAACUGCUGGAUGAACUGUCUGACCCAGAGACCUCAAAAUUGGUGGGCGAGGUGUUCAACAUAGUCAGUCAGCAGUCCACUGCUCGGCCCGGCUGCAUCAUUGAGUUGGAUAUAAUCACGAACCAGUGUGGCUCGACCACGCAGCUGCUGCACGUCUUCCAGGAGGAUUUCAUUUUAGGAUACAAACCCCACGAUGACAUCGCAGACAUAAACGCUGCUAACUUCCCUUCUGCUGAGGAGUAUCGUCCUCCUCCAUUCUCUGAGAAGUUCUUCUUGGUAGUGAUUGAGAAGGAUGAGAAUAGGAACUCUGUUCUGCAGAUGUGGCAUCUGCACCUGAAGUCUGUCCAGGCAUGUGUGGAGGAACCAGCCCACAAGCAGGUCUUCCAGAACCAGCUGACGGUUCCACACACGUUCAGUAACGCUGACUCAUCUCCGGAAACGACUCCAGGUCACAGCCCACUUCCUCGCUCAUCUUCCUCUGCUAAUCUGCAAUCUGCCAGCAAACUUAUCCUCAGCUCCAAACUUGUCUACAGCCAGAGGCUAGAGCUCCCCCUGGGUGUGGAGGUCAUCCGUGCAACACCCUCUGCAGGUCACCUCAGUUCCUCCUCAAUCUACCCGGUGUGUCUGGCGCCGUACCUGCUUGUGACCACCUGUUCAGACGGCCGGGUUCGCUUCUGGAGAUGCACUGUGGAGACAGACAUGUCUGCACCAAACCCAGAAGAGUCACGCUCAUACUGCUGGGAGCCAUGGUGCCUGCUGAACGAGGAGGAAGACAACAACAGUGCCCUCAGCGUUCCCGGGCGACCUGUGGCCGUCAGCUGCUCUUACAUCGGCCGCCUCGCUGUGGCAUUCAAGCAGCUGAUGCCUGGCAGUGAGGGUGGAUCGUCUAAAGACUUUUCCAUGCAUGUGUCCAUCUAUGAGUGUGAGUCAACAGGCGGUUCUGAGUGGGUUCUAGAGCAGACGAUCCACCUGGAUGACUUUAGCAGACCUGUGAACACCCUAGAUUCUAGGGUGAGUGUGGACAGCAACCUGGUGGUGUACAGCAAGUCUGACCUGUUUGUGACCAAAGACAGCCCUAAUAUAAAGCACUUUGUGCACCUGGACUGGCUGUCCAAAGAGGACGGCUCACACAUUCUGACGGUGGGAGUGGGGUCUAACAUACUCAUGUAUGGCCGCAUCUCUGGAAUUGUCACCGAGCAGACAGGAGGCAAGGAUGGCAUGGCUGUUAUCACUCUGCCACUUGGGGGCAGCGUAAAGCAGGGUGUUCGUUCCAGAUGGGUUCUCCUGCGUGCUGUAGAUUUGGUUUCUUCAGUGGAUGGGACACCAUCUCUUCCAGUGUCGCUCUCCUGGGUGCGAGACGGUAUCCUAGUGAUUGGUAUGGACUGUGAAAUGCAUGUUUAUGCUCAGUGGCACCAGGAUAAAAAACCAGGUGAUUCUGAAGACAAUGCCAUCAGUUCUCCGGAUGAUGGCAGCCGCUCAACAUCCGUUCCAGCUGAGAGCCGUGGGCGAUCUAAGAGCGUAUUUGAGAGUGGCACCGGCAUAGACGAUGUCUUCAAGGUUCCCGCGGUGAUCCAGGAUGGUGGCCUGUUCGAAGCGGCUCAUUCGCUAUCUCCCACGCUUCCACAGUACCAUCCAACCCAGCUGCUAGAGCUGAUGGACCUGGGCAAAGUCAGGCGGGCUAAGGCUAUUUUAUCACACCUGGUCAAAUGCAUCGCUGGGGAGGUUGCUGUGGUGAGAGAUGUGGAAGCAGGUGAGGGCGGAGCCAGGAGACACCUGUCCAGGACCAUCAGUGUAACCGGAAGCACCGCCAAGGACACUAUUGUUGCUGGACGAGAUGGUGGGCGAGAUUAUACUGAAAUUAACUCAAUCCCGCCCCUCCCUCUUUAUGCUCUACUCUCUGCGGACCUGGACACCUCCUACAAGGCAGGGGAGGAGGUGGGAAAAGGGGUGAAAGGUCAGGAACGAGAGGUCCAGAAGUCUUCAGAAGAUCAGUAUGCUGACCUCUUCCAAGUUCAAGCGGUCACCACGGACGACUUUGUCAGCUUUGCCUCAGAGAAGCCGGAGAAGAAGACACGAGUGAUCAAUCUGUCCCAGUAUGGGCCAACCUACUUUGGCCCCGAGCAUGCUCAGGUGCUCUCCUCUCACCUGAUGCACUCUAGCCUGCCCGGACUCACUCGACUCGAGCAGAUGUUCCUGGUGGCGCUUGCUGAUACCGUGGCAACCACCAGUGCUGAGGUGGGAGGAGCCACUGAUAAACAGUACACAGGUGGGGAGGCUUUAGAUGAAUGUGGCCUGCGCUACCUCUUGGCGAUGCGGCUGCACACCUGUCUGCUCACCUCACUGCCCCCACUCUACCGGAUCCAGCUACUGCACCAAGGCGUCUCUACGUGUCACUUUGCAUGGGCGUUCCACUCUGAGGCGGAGGAAGAGAUGUUGAAUAUGAUUCCGGCCAUGCAGAGGGGCGACCCACAAUGGUCGGAACUUCGCGCCGUCGGUGUGGGCUGGUGGAUUCGCAACAUCAACACACUUCGACGCAUGGUGGAAAAGGUUGCCAAAGCGGCGUUCCAGAGGAAUAACGAUCCUCUGGAUGCUGCGUUGUUUUAUUUGGCCAUGAAGAAGAAGGCUGUGCUCUGGGGCCUUUUCAGGUCUCAGCAUGAUGAGAAGAUGACCCAGUUUUUCAGUCAUAACUUCACUGAAGAUCGCUGGAGGAAAGCAGCCCUGAAGAAUGCGUUCUCUCUGCUGGGGAAACAGCGUUUUGAGCAAUCUGCAGCGUUUUUCCUGCUCGCUGGAUCUCUAAAAGAUGCCAUUGAGGUGUGUUUGGAGAAGAUGGAGGAUAUUCAGCUGGCCAUGAUCGUUGCCCGUCUGUACGAGGCUGACUUCGAGAGCUCUUCCACCUGUCAGGGCAUCCUGUAUGAGAAGGUUCUGGGGUGCAAAAGAGAUGGAACUGGGUUCUCCUGUACCAAACUGCACCCCGAUCCGUUCCUCAGGAGCAUUGCGUACUGGAUCAUGAAGGACUACACCAAAGCUCUGGACACACUGCUGGAGCAAACACCCAAAGAGGAUGAUGAGAACCCAGAAGUAAUGGUGAAGUCAUGUAACCCCAUGGUCUUCAGCUUCUACAACUACCUUCGCACGCACCCUCUGAUCAUUCGAAGGCACUUUGCCGGUCCUGAUGCCUCUUUGGCCACCGUGGGGCUGACGUCCGAGCGCAGCAGCGCUGACGAAAUCAACCUGAUCGAGCGCAAACUGUUUUUCACCACCGCUAAUGCUCACUUUAAGGUGGGCUGCCCCGUUCUGGCCCUUGAGGUCCUGUCCAAAAUUCCUAAAGUGACCAAAAAAGCCUCAUCUCUCAGCAAAGGGUCGUCCCAGGCUAACGUUAGCACGUCCCAGCCGCAGGAAAACGGAGGCCGGGCAGUGGAUCUGGACUGGGGUGCUCCGGUGCCGAGCCAAGCCUGGGGUGCUGAGACCUCUUCAGGUUUGGACUGGAGCCAGCCCAUGAUAAAGACUGAAGAUGAGGGACUGCAGUUGAACUGGGGAGACGACAAGGAUGAAGAUGAAGAAGAGGAUGGUGGGCUGACGAUGAAGAAGCCGGAGGACUCAAAGGAAAAAACAGGAAGUCUGCAGAGGGAAGAUUCCGCGGGUGAGUCGGAAGUGGAUGUCAUCGCAGAACAGCUGAAAUUCCGUGCGUGUCUGAAGAUCCUGAUGACAGAGCUGCGGACGCUGGCCACGGGUUACGAGGUGGACGGCGGUAAACUCCGCUUCCAGCUCUACAACUGGCUGGAGAAGGAGAUCGAGGCCAUGCAUCGCAUCUGCAACUACAAGGUUGAAGGGAAGGAGCCAGUAGGGGAGUUGGAGAAAUGGGGCGGUGAUGGUUCGAUUGAUCUGGAUGAGUCCCUGGAGAGGAGUGAAGCCGGUGCGUAUGAGCGCCACCAGCUGGAGAGACGGCGCCUGCAGGCAAAACAGCUGCACGCAGAGCGGCGUAAGGCCUGGCUGAGGAAGAACCAGGCUCUACUCAGAGUCUUCCUAAGUUACUGCAGCCUGCAUGGUGCCAAGGGCGGCGGGGUCACCUCCGUCAGGAUGGAGCUGCUUUUCCUGUUGCAGGAGUCUCAGCAGGAGACAACAGUGAAGCAGUUGCAAUCUCCGUUGCCAUUGCCGACCACGCUGCCCCUCCUCUCAGCUAGCAUUGCCCCCACCAAGACGGUCAUAGCGAACCCUGUGAUGCACCUCGGCAACCACAUACACGAUAUCCUCUACACCAUCGUCCAGAUGGAAGCUCCACCACACCCGGACUUACUGGAUGACAGGGUGAAUGCUCUUCACACUCUGGCUGCUUCUCUCUCUGCCUGCAUUUAUCAAGCACUGUGUGACAGUCACAGCUACAGUAGCCAGACGGAGGCCAAUCAGUUCACAGGGAUGGUGUAUCAAGGGCUACUUCUAAGCGAAAGACGGAGGCUCCGGACAGAGAGCAUUGAAGAGCAUGCCACACCCACCACCGCACCCGCUCAGUGGCCAGGUGUGUCAUCUCUGAUCAGUCUGCUGACGUGUGCUCAGGGUGAAGACCAGCCACGGUUGAAUGUAAUGCUGUGUGAGGCAGUGGUGGCUGUGUAUCUGAGCCUGCUCAUCCACGGACUCGGCACACACUCCAGUAACGAGCUAUUCCGGCUGGCGGCCCAUCCGCUCAACAAUCGCAUGUGGGCCGCUGUGUUUGGAGGAGGAGCCAAACUCAUCGUCAAACCCAAACGGCCCCCGGAGAUCGCCCCAGCAGUCCCUCCUCCGACCCCUCCAGCUGAAGAUGUGGAUCGGCAGCGUCGGCGGUUUAACAUGCGCAUGCUGGUUCCCGGGCGACCCGUUAAAGAGACUCCAGCCACACCUCCGCCGAUCCCCACCGAGCGCCCCACCUACAAGGAGAAAUUCAUCCCCCCGGAGCUCAGCAUGUGGGAUUACUUUGUGGCCAAACCGUUCCUGCCUCCCUCAGAUAGCGGAGCACUGUACGACUCAGACGAGAGCGGUGCAAGUGAUGAUGAGGAUGAUGACGAUGCAUUCCUCUCAGACACUCAGAUGACAGAGCACAGUGAUCCAAACUCGUACAGUUGGUCUCUGAUCCGUCUGGUCAUGGUAAAACUUGGUCUGCACAAUGUCAAGACCUUCCUACCCAUUGCAGGACUGGACUUUACAGACCUGCCGGUGACGUCUCCGCUGUGUAACGCUGUUCUGAAGUGUCUGGAGAACUGGGAGCAGCUGCUGCUGGAGAAAAUGAACAAAUUCGAGGGCCCUCCGCCCAACUACAUCAACACCUACCCCACAGACGUCAGUGCAGGAGGAGGCCCUGCUAUCCUCCGCCAUAAAGCCAUGCUGGAGCCUGACAACACUCCAUUUAAGGCAAAGCACCACCUCUCCUUCCCCGCCCGCCGUCUCUGGCACUUCCUGGUGAAACAGGAAGUCUUGCAGGAGACUCUGAUUCGUUACAUCUUCACCAAGAAGAGGAAGCAGAGUGAGUCUUUAGAGAACCAUGUGGACUACCUCACACAAAACUGCAUAGCAGGAGCUCGCAAUGCCAGCAAGGUGGAGGCAGAUCUCGGCUAUCCCGGAGGCAAAGCUAAAAUUAUUCACAAGGAGUCAGACAUCAUCAUGGCAUUUGCCAUCAAUAAGGCUAAUUCCAGUGAGAUAGUGCUGGCCUCCACUCAUGAUGUCCAAGAGGUGGAUGUGUCCACUCUGCUUGCAGCCCAGCCAUACACCUGGAUCGGAGAAGACUUCGACAAAGAGUCGCGCAGCUCCGAUGAUGAUUAUCGCUCGUCUCACACCAACAUUGCCCAGGCCAGCGCUGGCCCCUUCGCCCCGCCCCCUAUGCCUGUCUCCGCCUCCAUGCCCUGGCUUGGCAGUGGGCAGACCAGCAUGGGUGCCAGCGUGAUUGUAAAGAGGAAUUUAAACAAUGUGAAGAGAAUGACGUCCCAUCCUAUUUACCAAUACUAUAUGACAGGAGCUCAGGACGGCAGUGUGCGGAUGUUUGAGUGGAAUCGCCCGCAGCAGCUCAUCUGCUUCCGACAAGCUGGAAACGCCAGAGUUACUCGCCUCUAUUUCAACUCACAGGGCAAUAAGUGUGGAGUGGCAGAUGGUGAAGGAUUUUUAAGCCUCUGGCAAGUCAAUCAGACCUCAUCAAACCCCAAACCAUAUUUGAGUUGGCAGUGCCACAGUAAAACCUGUGGUGAUUUUGCCUUCAUCACCUCCUCCAGCCUAAUCGCCACAGCAGGACACUCCAACGACGGCAGGAAUGUGUGUCUGUGGGACACUCUGAUCUCCCCCAGUAACACCAUGGUGCAUGCCUUCCCCUGCCAUGAGAACGGAGCGACGGUUCUGCAGUACGCUCCUAAGCAGCAACUGAUUAUUUCCGGAGGGAGGAAGGGUUUCGUGUGUAUAUUUGAUAUUCGGCAGAGGCAGCUGCUGCACACCUUCCAGGCCCACGAUUCAGCCAUCAAAGCUCUAGCCAUGGACUCCAGCGAGGACUUCUUUGUUACCGGGUCUGCCGAGGGCAACAUGAAGGUUUGGAAGUUAGCAGGUCACGGGCUGAUGCACUCUUUCAGCAGCGAACACGCCAAGCAGUCCAUCUUCCGCAACAUUGGUGCGGGUGUGAUGCAGAUCGAGACCUGCCCAGGUAACCGCAUCUUCACCUGCGGAGCCGACGGCACGCUGAAGAUGAGAGUCCUUCCCGACCGCUACAACAUCCCGGCCAGCAUCUUCGACAUCCUAUAACCCAGAGGCGGCUUUCAACGAUGACCGAGACGGUCGAAAAAUAACUAAAGCUUUGAGCAGCAAACCUGUUCGUUUACCUUAGCUGUGAAUCAAAUGUAACUUUGCGCUGCAAAAUGUCUUUCUGUUUUUUAUUUCUCCCCAAAGCGUGAAAAGCAAAUGCGAGGUUACAUACUUGAUCCUAAAGAAUAGAUUACUGUAAUUUUUUGCGAGUGCUGGGCUCAGGCCUGUUAAGCUCGCUCGUUAGAGUGUUCUCAUAGGAAAGCUAUGCAUGUGCUGAAACUUGUCACUGCGGUGCAUUCACAAGAUUGUUGAUCGUGCUCUGUAAAAGUGCUCAAAGCAAAAAUUUUUAAGUGUGUAUCUGUCGUCAUUUUGUGCCCACAGCUGAUAAACUUUUAGCAUCUUAACUUACCAGCACUGUGCUUCAGUACCCAGUCGGUCAGUCAGUGAACUCAAAGUUGUUGCAUCUGCGUUUUUUUUUUUAUUUAUUACUGUAAGUUAUUUCCUCGGCUGCUCACACAUUGCAGAGUUUGAAACGGCACAGAGCCCUGUUCCCCUGAUAUCGGGGACGCAGUGAAAAAACGUUUGUCGCCCCAUAGCUGCUAUUGAACGUGUCUCACUCUCUUCCACAUGGCUACUAUCAAAACUGUCUCACUCUCACUCCCGUCAUCUGCAGUUAAACCUUUCUCCUCUUUUCCCUUACCUGGUUAAACCAGUCUCAUCUUUACCUGCACUGCUGAAAAUUACAACUUGUCAAGUGAUAUCAUCUUAAAAUGUAAUCGAUUUAUGUAAUAUUUCUUAUUUUGAGG